AUGGCACAAGACAGCUCUUCAAACAGGCCCAUGCCAGGGAGYUAUAGGCGUGAUCGCACUAAGUUCACCAAAGAGCAGCUGAAAAUCCUCAUCGACACCUUUAACCAGAUGCCAUACCCAAAUUAUGCUACCAAACAAAAACUUGCCGUGGAAGUCAACACUGAUGAGUCGAGAAUCCAGGUUUGGUUUCAGAAUCGCAGAGCGAGACACAGGUUCCAGGAAAGACCAGAACUUAAGGAGGCUUUGGAAUCAAGCCAACUUCCAGAACGGAUUCGAAGUGAGGAGGCCCGACGGUGCCGCACCACCUACAGCCCCUCUCAGCUGCACACCCUCACCAGGGCCUUCAGGAACAACCCCUACCCCGGGAUCCAUGGCAGGGAACAGCUUGCGAAGGAAGUCGGAGUUCCUGAGUCGAGAGUCCAG